CUUCGCCCAACUCGGCCUUGUCACAAUCGCCGCUGCGAUCGCUGCCUCCGGCGCCACCCUCAGAGGGGCCCCGAGGGACCGCGCUGCCCUCCUCUCCUUCAUGUCCGGCAUCACCGCCGACCCCCAGCACGCCCUCGCCAACUGGGGCGACCCCGACACGCACAUGUGCAAUUGGACCGGCAUCACCUGCCACCGGGUCAAGCAGCGUGUCGUGCAACUGGUCCUCAGCGGGAGGGACCUCCAUGGCCUGAUCUCGCCGGCGGUCUUCAGCCUUUCUUUCCUUGCAGUGCUCGACCUCUCUGAGAACUUCUUUAGCGGAAUCAUUCCUGGAGAGAUUGGAGGUCUUGCUCGAUUGCAGCAGUUGAGUUUGUCGAGGAACCUCCUCGAGGGCUCCAUCCCGGCCGAGCUCGGUUUCCUUCGAGAAUUGGUUUAUCUCGACCUGGGGAGCAACCGCAUCUCUGGUCACAUUCCGAAGACUCUGUUCUGCAAUUGCACUUCGUUGCAGUAUGCCGAUCUUUCCAACAAUUCUCUUGCCGGCGAAAUCCCUUCAGCCAACGAAUGCAGACUAGCCGACCUGAGAUUUCUCCUCCUGUGGUCCAACAAUUUGGAGGGUCCUAUCCCCCCCUCCUUAUCGAACUCCUCGAUGCUCGAGUGGAUCGACUUUGAAUCGAAUCGUCUGAGCGGAGAGUUGCCAUCUGAUAUUUUUGAUAAGAUGCCAUUCCUCCAAUUCCUUUACUUGUCCUAUAAUAACCUUUCAAGCCAUGACAGCAACACUAACCUCGAUCCAUUUUUCGCUUCUUUGAGGAAUUGCUCCCAUUUACAAGAGCUGGAACUAGCUGGAAACAAACUUGGAGGUGAGAUACCAUCAUUGAUCGGCAAUCUUUCCUCUAAUCUUCUGCAACUCCACCUCGAGGAGAACAUCAUCUUCGGUCCAAUCCCUCCAAACAUAUCAAACCUUGUCAAUCUUACCUACUUGAACCUGUCCAACAACAACUUGAAUGGAUCGAUCCCUCCAGACUUAUCUAGGUUGAUGAAGCUAGAGAGAGUUUACUUAUCAAAUAACUUGCUCUCUGGUGAGAUUCCACCUUCUCUUGGAGAAAUUCCUCACCUAGGUCUGCUAGACAUAUCUGGAAAUAGACUCUCUGGUUCGAUUCCGGAUACCUUAUCCAACCUCUCGCAGUUAAGAAGACUAAUGCUCCAUAAGAACCAGCUUUCAGGCUCGAUACCGCCAAGCCUUGGAAAUUGUAUAAACUUGGAAGUGUUGGAUCUUUCUUAUAACCAAUUGACAGGGAGGAUUCCUAACAAUGUCGCAGCACUGAGCAGCUUGAAAUUGUAUCUGAAUUUGUCAAGCAAUCACUUAGAGGGACCUUUGCCAUUAGAGCUGAGCAAGAUGGAUAUGAUAUUGGCUUUGGAUUUGUCUUCAAAUAAUCUCUCAGGCACGAUACCUCCUCAGCUAGGAAGCUGCGUCGCCCUCGAGUACCUCAACCUUUCCAGUAAUGCCUUGCGAGGUCCUCUCCCAGGUUCUAUUGGAGCCUUGCCAUACCUUGAGGUUCUUGACUUGUCUUUCAAUCAGCUGGCAGGAACCAUGCCAGAGUCUCUGCAAGCAUCUUCAUCGCUAAAACAAUUAAACAUCUCAUUCAACAACUUCUCAGGGACAGUGCCAACUGAAGGAGUGUUUGCUCAUCUUUCGAAGGACUCUUUUCUUGGCAAUUCAGGCCUAUGUGGGUCAAUCAUUGGCAUAUCACGAUGUGGCACGAAACGAGCUCACCGGUUCAUGAUCUUGCCUCUAAUUCUCACACUAGUUGGCACUCCUUGCUUAUUAUGCCUCUUUGGGUGUCCAAUGUUCAUGAAAUCAAGAGCAAGCACUUGUUUGCAAAGCUUCCAUCAGCCAGAGAAACUUGAUAAAGAAGAACAGCAGAAGCAAGACUAUCCAAGGAUCUCUUACCGGCAACUCAUGGAAGCCACCAGCGGCUUUGCAGAGUCGAACCUAAUUGGGGCAGGGAGCUUCGGGCAUGUGUACAAGGGAGUUCUACGGGAUGAAACAAACAUAGCCGUGAAAGUAUUGGAUCCAAAGUGCGGUGGUGGGAUCUCAGGGUGCUUCGAAAGAGAAUGCCAGGUGCUCAAGAGAACUAGGCACAGAAAUUUAAUUAGAGUGAUAACAGCUUGCAGCAAGCCAGACUUCAAGGCUCUUGUUCUCCCACUGAUACUUAAUGGGAGCCUUGACAGUUAUCUAUAUCCUCCGGUCGGACCGAGCCAUGGCCUAGACUUAAGUCAGCUCAUAUGCAUCCUCAGUGAUGUAGCUGAAGGGGUUGCCUAUUUGCAUCAUUUUGCCCCUGUUAGGGUUGUACAUUGUGAUCUGAAGCCCAGCAACGUUCUUCUUGAUGAAGAUAUGACAGCAAUAGUAUCAGAUUUUGGGAUAGCAAGGUUGGUGAAGCAGGAUGAGAACAACGACAUCACCAAUUCAUCUCCAUAUAAUUCAAUAACAGGACUGCUACAAGGAUCUGUGGGUUAUAUAGCGCCUGAAUAUGGCUUGGGAGGCCGCCCUUCGGCACAAGGUGAUGUAUAUAGUUUUGGGGUUCUGGUCUUAGAGAUGAUCACUGGGAAGAGACCAACAGAUGCUCUUUUUCAUGAAGGACUCAGCUUGCAAGAAUGGGUGAAGAGUCAUUACCCGCAUGACAUCGAGGUCAUAACUUCGCAGGCACCACUGAGAGACUCAUCUUUAGUUGACUCGCUAUAUUACAAGAAGCUAAGAAGAGAGCUGAUGGUUGAAUUGAUUGAGCUUGGCUUAGUGUGCGCGAGUUUCUCCCCUGCAUUGAGGCCCACCAUGAUCAACGUCGCCCAUGAGAUUGCUCUUUUGAAACAAGAUCUCGUCAGGCAUGGCAUUGAGGCCGUUGAGCACAGUUCUACACCCGAUUCGUCUUUCUGAGAUUAAAUAAACUAAGGGCAGGAAGCAAUUGAUCAGGGGAGAUCUGAUCUGGAUCCUCAUUAUAUUAGAUAGUUGAUUUGUCACCCUUGUCAAGUAAUUCUUUUAGUUUUCAAUUCAUAUAUGGAAAGACCACUUAGAAAUGUUCAAUAAAGUAUGUUAGUGAAUCCAUUCAAA